AUGGACAUCGCCACGGGCCCCGAGUCCUUGGAGAGGUGCUUCCCGCGGGGCCCACCGGACUGCGCCAAGAUGCUGGACGGCAUUAAAAUGGAAGACCACCCCCUGCGCUCGGGGCCGGCCACGCUGGGAGUGCUGCUGGGGUCGGAGUGCCAGCACCAGGCCGUCUGCGAGGGCUGCCAGCGGCCCAUCUCGGACCGGUUCCUGAUGCGGGUGAACGAGUCCUCCUGGCAUGAGGAGUGCCUACAGUGCGCCGCGUGCCAGCAGGCGCUCACCACCAGCUGCUACUUCCGGGACCGCAAGCUCUACUGCAAGCAGGACUACCAACAGCUCUUCGCUGCCAAGUGCAGCGGCUGCAUGGAGAAGAUCGCCCCGACGGAGUUCGUGAUGCGCGCCCUGGAGUGCGUGUACCACCUGAGCUGCUUCUGCUGCUGCGUGUGCGAGCGCCAGCUCAGGAAAGGCGACGAGUUUGUCCUCAAGGAAGGGCAGCUGCUCUGCAAAAGUGACUAUGAGAAAGAGAAAGACUUGUUGAGCUCGGUCAGCCCAGACGACUCAGACUCAGUCAAAAGUGAUGAUGAAGAUGGAGAUGUCAAGCCCACCAAAGGCCAAGUAACCCAAGGAAAAGGAAGCGAUGAUGGGAAGGACCCGAGGAGACCUAAACGACCGAGGACAAUUCUGACCACACAGCAGAGACGAGCGUUCAAAGCGUCCUUUGAAGUCUCUUCCAAGCCCUGCAGAAAGGUCAGAGAAACAUUGGCAGCUGAAACAGGGCUCAGCGUGCGAGUCGUCCAGGUCUGGUUUCAAAACCAAAGAGCAAAGAUGAAAAAGCUAGCACGAAGGCACCAACAGCAGCAGGAGCAGCAGAACUCGCAGCGACUAGGACAAGAAGUAAUGUCCAACAGAAUGGAAGGGAUGAUGACAUCUUACACACCACUUGCACCACCACAGCAGCAGAUUGUAGCAAUGGAGCAGAGCAGUUAUGGCACAGACCCAUUUCAGCAGGGUCUUACACCUCCACAAAUGCCAGGCGACCACAUGAACCCCUAUGGAAACGACUCCAUUUUUCAUGAUAUCGACAGUGAUACCUCUUUAACUAGCUUGAGCGACUGUUUUCUUGCCUCUUCCGAAGUUAACUCCAUGCAGGCUAGAGUAGGAAAUCCCAUUGACAGGCUGUACUCUAUGCAGAGCUCCUAUUUCGCCUCAUGAAAAUAAAGGAAAAUAACAGCCGGCGUGUGUGUAGCCAGUGACUUUUCCAGUGCAGACUCUACAGCCAUAUGUUGCCCAGCUCUUCCUUCACAGUGACUCUGCUGCCUCUGGACUGCAAAGAGCGUUUUUUUAGGAAGACUGUCUCUGUUUGCAUAUAUGUGUAUGUAUGUGUACACAUUUUAAUACCUACAUACAUACAUAUAUAGAGAGACAAAACACAUCCACCCGUCCCAUACCCUUGAUUCCCAGCUGGCGCCAGACCACGAGACAAGCACGGAAGGAACAGAAGAACCUGCUCAUCCUCAGCCUUUGAUCUGGUUUGGUUUGAGCUCAUCAUCUUAAAGGAAAUGGAUUUUGUGGAAAGCUAGACCUUUUCCUCCUCUCUCU